AUGUCAGUGGUGUGGAAGGCUGUCAUCGGGUUCGGUGUUGAGUUAGAAUCGGGACCGUUUGUUGUCGAGUGCUUGUCAGUGGUUCGUGUCGGUUGUGUGGUUGUAGCGAUGAUGGAGAUGGACACCACCGCUUCGACGUCGCGAAACGAGUUUGUCUACCCGAAGGUGGACCCGGCACUGAUGAACGAUUCAAGGGUGCUGGACCAGAUGCUGCUUACCGAACAGCACUAUUUGCCUUCGCCGUUUUACUUCACUAACGUGCAGUCAGAAAUCUUGGAACAUAUGCGAAAGACGCUUACCGAGUGGAUGCUGGAAGUAAGUACGCUCUGACC